UAGUGUUGAAGGCAGCAUUAGUCGCGCCUGCUAAGGCACUCCUCUGCAGCGGCGCUCGGGCAGUUAGCUGUUUGCAAACCAGCCUGUUUUGGUUCUGUAAAAUGGGAAAGUUAGCCCUCAUCUCGAUUAUAAUAGCUGCCCUCUCGGCGCUGUUGGGAGAGAGGAUUGUCAGCUUAAGGAGACGAGCCCUCGCCUCAAAUGAACUGGUUCAGAAGCAUCUGCCGAACUGUGUGACACUGAAGAAUCUGGAUUAUGGUUCGGAAGAUAUAACGAUCCUUGGAAGCGGACUUGCCUUUAUCAGCACUGGUCUGAAUUAUCCUGGAAUGCCACCCUCAGAUGCGACAGGAAAGAUCUUCUCCCUUGACAUGCAAGAUCCUCGGAAGAAGCCUGUGGAGCUGCGCAUGCCAAGAAACUUUGACCUGGAAUCAUUCAACCCACAUGGCAUCAGUGUUUACACCGAUCCAAGUGAUGACACAGUAUACCUGUUUGUUGUCAGUCACCCUGAACACAAAAGCCAAAUAGAGCUGUUCAAAUUUAUUGAGGAUGGCUUCUCCCUGGUGCAUCUGAAAACCAUCAAACAUGAACUUCUCCACAGUGUGAACGAUAUUGUUGCAGUGGGAAUUGACUCCUUCUAUGCAACCAAUGACCACUACUUUAAGAAUGCAUUCCUUAAAGGUUUUGUGGAGUUUCUUCUGGGUCAGCCCUGGUGUAAUGUUGUGUACUACAGUCCUGAGGAAGUAAAAGUGGUCUCUGAGGGAUAUUACAUGGCAAAUGGCAUCAACAUCUCACCAGACAAAAGACAUAUAUAUGUAGUAGAUCUGUUCGACCACAAUGUACAUGUGCUGGAGCGGAAAGAUGACAAUGCAUUGGUCUCUGUGAAGAAUGUGGCUGUGAGGUCACUCUGUGACAACGUUGAAGUUGACCCUGAAACUGGUGACCUGUGGUUAGGCUGUCACCCUAAUGGGUGGAAGCUUUUGAUGUUUGACCCCAAUGACCCACCUGGAUCGGAGGUCAUCCGCGUCCAGAAUAUUCACUCUGAUCAGCCAGUGGUGACUCAGGUGUAUGCUGACGAUGGCCAUGUGAUCAUGGGCUCCUCUGUGGCAGCUGCGUACGGGGGAAAGUUGCUUAUUGGGACUGUGUUCCAUAAAGCCAUAUGCUGUGACCUGAAGUAGGCCACGUCUUUUUGACGUAUGGCGUGAGGCAGAAGAGUCUAAACAAAUGCAUCAAAAUUUCAGUUAAAGAAAAAGAAAUCAAGAUUUAGCUCAUUGCAAGGCUCUCAGUCAGAGGGUGACUGGUGAUUUGACGACGAUGGAGACGAUGGUUUGAUUUUGUGAAUGUUAUGGCUCUUAAGAAAAAUGCUCUACCCUCUUGCUACAGGUGGGUGUGUUUUCCUGAUUUUAUAGCAAUAAACCAUCUGUACAACAGGAUAUUUGGAAUUGGUGACAGACGUAGAAGGCACUGAACUACCCAGAUGAUUGAACCACUAUGAAAUAAGUUCAUGCAAUUAUUUGCUGUGUAUCAUGAAAACAAUAUUUUCCACUGGUCACCUGAAAAUGUGAAAUCUUUAUGUGUGUGGUGGAUGGUCUUACGUGUUUUAAUUGCUGAGUUCAAUUGGGGAAAAAAACAAAAAACAUUUCAUUUGUUCCAUGCAUUUGAACGUAAAUAAAAAAAACAAAUGAGUCACACUA